AUGAAGCGUCACCCCCAACCGCUGCCAGGCUGGCAGGGCAGAGGAAAAAAAAAAGAAUUCCUGCAGCACAUCGACCCUUAUUACCAACUCGAGAAUAAGCCGAUUGAUUCUGCCCCCAAGCUCACGGGGGUCUCUCCGUCCACCUCGUCGACAUCCUCUCGCCGGGUCACGUCUUUGCUCUCCCUGGCCCUCCUCGUCAUGACCCUGCUCGUCGGUCCCGGUGCGGCCCAAGACGGCCGUCCCGCAGCCUUUGUGUGGCGCGGCCCCAAAGAUGAUCCCGAGCUGUCUCACGCCGUCGGCGAGUUGCUCGAGUCGUCUGCCCGCAACUUCAACGUCAGCUAUGUCUGGGCCGACAAGAUUACCCCCGAGAGUCUCAAGACGGUCCAAGUCUUUGCCUUUCCAGGCGGUGACGAGAGCAAGAGACGAUACAUUGCUGUCAACAAGCAAUACACUGCUGCCAAGAGCAAUACACGGCUGUCGAAAGCAAUACACGGCUGUCGAAAGCAAUACACUGCUCCCAAAAGCAAUACACUCUUGUCAAAAGCAAUACACUCCUCUCAACACCCAAUACACUGCUACCAAACGCAAUACACUGCACACUUGUUUCCCACUCUCCUACAUCUCUCCACUGCACUGUUCAAUAAAGCGCCCCCAUCUGUCGGUUAUGUCGACGACGCAUGGGCCGAGCUCGAGCCCGUCGCCCAGUAUAUCCGGGACUUUGUCGCCGGCGGCGGCCGGUAUCUCGGUUUCUGCCUCGGCGCCUACCUCGCUGCCGAUGACCCCGGCCUCGCCCUGCUGCCCCCGGGCUCCUCCGUCCCCGCCGAAUGCGACGAGCCGGACGCCCAGGUCAGGCACACCCGCGACACCACGAUCCAGGUCGACUGGGCCUUUAGCUCCGGCGAGGAAGCGGGCACCGUGGCCACGAACCGCUGGAUCUUCUACCAGGAAGGGAACUUGGUCAAGGACUUUCCCGAGACGGACACGAGCAUGGUCAUUGCGCGGUACUCCAAGACGGACGACGUCGCCGCCACCAUCAACAAGUACGGCGAGGGCUGGGUCGGUACCACGGGACCGCAUCCCGAGGCGAACAAGCUUUGGUAUGAUUUCGCGAAUCUCACCGCCCAGGAUGGUUUCCAGUUUGCCAUUGGUCAUGACCUCAUUGAAGCGACCAUGAGCGGCGGCCUCAACGUCAACAACCUGGCCGCGAAGCCACGCAACGGAACGAGCCCAGACAACGGAAGCGGUGCAAACAAUGGAACGAGCCCAGAUAACGGAGGCAGUGGAAACAACGGAACUGGCAGCGACAACGGCGGGACCGGGAGCGAUAACGAUGGUAGUGGCCGCAAUGGAACUGCCACGACCACACCUACGGCUACGCCCAAGAACCUUGCCCCCACGCCCAAGACGGUAGCAAGUUCCGGCAGCCGGCGGGCCAAGAAUCCCUUUCGCUUCUUCUUCCGACGAUAG